AUGGUGGUGGUGAUGGGCGGGGAGUGCCUGGUGGAUUUGCUACAGAGAGGCGUGCCCUGGUGGGAGGCCCACGUGAUCUCGCCUUUACUGCACGCCCUGGACCAACAGCAGUACCUGCCCACGCCGCCAACGGCAGCAGCUGCAGCAGCAGCAGCAACAGCAGCAACAGAAUCACCACCAACAUCACCAACAGCAGCACCAGCACCAGCAGCAGCAGCAGCAGCGCCGCCACCACCACCAGCAACCCCAGCAUCAUUCCCAGCAACAGCAACAACAGCAGCAGCAGCGGGACCCAAAUGGAACCGGAGAGGCGGCAAAGGAAGGGAGGAGCGAGGGGAGGGUGGUGCUGCUCGUGUGUGGGCUGGGGCGGUACCUGAGGCAGAGGGAGCAGCGCGCUCAGAGAGGCAAGGAGACAUGGAAGGAACCUGCUGUGGAGCAAGUGAGGAUAGAGAGGUGCAUGGGUUGGGGGAAAGAGGGAGGUGGAUUGGUGGAGGGAGAGAGGUGCAUGGAUGGGGGGAGAGAGCUGCUUGA